GCCUCCCACCGACCGGCAGGGGGCGCGCGCCUGAAGAAGAGGAGACAUUCGCAUGGAGGGGGCGGAGGCCGGGGAGCAGGAGUGGGCCGCAGUGGCCCAGGACCUGCUGGCCCUGGGGUAUGAGGGUUGCCCGGGGGCAGCGUCGCCGGGCACCUCGUGCCCAGACUUCAGGGCGCUGUGCGCGCGGCUGGCGGCGGAGCUGGCGACUCUGGGUGCCCUGGAGCGGGAGCGAGAGGAGGGCACGGAGGCGUUGAGCGCCGGCGAUGUAGGUCCCGGCGCUGAGGAGGAAUUCCUGCGGCAGUUGGCCGGCCUGUUGUGGGACUUGCAAUGUCCGGACCGCGAGCUCUGCGGUGGGGACUGCGCGGCCUCACUGCGGGAGCCCGACGCGCGCCUGCGCCUGCUGCGCUUUCUCUGCUCCGAGGUCCAGGCCGCCCGCCUCCUCCGCCUGCGCUCCAGACUGGAUCCCAACCCCGAGCCAUCCUGUGGGGAGGGGGCAGAGGCGGGAUCUGGCAUGGUCCAGGAACUGAUCCUUACUCUCCAAGCCCUGGGGCUGCCCAGACCCACGCGGGGGACCCCAGCCUGUCAGCUGCUUCGGGACUUGCAUGCCAAGAUCUCCGAGCUGCUGCCUUCCCUGCCCCCAGAGUCCCUGCAGCCCCUCCUCAACCACCCACUGGACGCACCCAGAUGGGAAGCGUUGGCAUCUCUGUCCCAAAGCCUGCGGGAUCAGUAUGGCUGCCGCCGCUGCCUCCUCCUCAAGCGCCUUGACCUCACCACAUCUGCUUUCCACUGGAGUGAUCGGGCUGAGGCCCAAGGAGAGGCCAUGAAGGCAGUGCUCAUCCCAAUUCGAGAGGCUCUGACCUCAGAAUCAGAUAUCUCCAUUGCACAUGUGCUGGCUGCCCGAGCUGAUCUGUCUCGCCUUGUCCCAGCCACUAGCAAGACUGCCCGCCGAGGGACUUGCUGUGCUAUCAACAAGGUGCUUAUGGGCAGCGUUCCAGACCGGGGGGGCCGCCCAAAUGAGCUGGAGGCCCCCAUGCCCAGCUGGCAGAGCAGAAGAGAGGAUGGAGGCGGGCGGAAGGCAGGCCGCCAGUGCUGGGGCCGGAAGAAGAAGAAGAAGUAAAGGGGGACUGAUGAUUGCGGGGAGGGUUCCUUCAUGCGAUGCUCAUCUCUGAGGAGUCACUCUGAGGGUUUCUCUUGGCACCUGGCAUCCCAGCCCCAUAUCCCCUGUUCCUGAGGCCCCAAAGUCCUCCCUGCAUCUGCCAUUCAACACCAAGGACCAUGUUCUCUGGAAAAUAAAUGUAAUUUAUAUGACA